AACAGUCCCUUCUCUUUCUCUCUCUAGCCUUGCUCGAUCUAUCCGACGAGAAGAAAAAGGAAAAAAAGGCUAAAUCCUUUGUAAUUCUUUCUCUACUACUCAUUCGAUCGACAAAAGAGAUGAAGGGGAGUAGAGAUGGGACAAGGAAAGACCAAGUUUCAAAAUCUUCAUCUGUUAGUUCCCUUCCACUUAUUCUGGACAUAGAGGACUUCAAGGGGGAUUUUUCAUUUGAUGCAUUGUUUGGAAAUUUGGUAAAUGAGCUCCUCCCAUCUUUCCAAGAAGAAGAAGCUGAUUCAUCAGAAGGACAUGGUAACAUUGGUAUGAAUGAUGUUCUUCCAAAUGGCAAUUUGCGAAUUCCAUCGGAUGCUUCAAAAUCAGCACAAGGCCCUUUAUUUCCAGAAGUAGAUGCCCUUUUAUCUUUGUUCAAGGAUUCUUGUAGGGAGUUGGUUGAUCUUCAACAGCAGAUUAAUGGAAGACUCUACAAUCUCAAAAAGGAGGUUUCAGUCCAAGACUCUAAGCACCGCAAAACACUUGCUGAGUUGGAAAAAGGUGUAGAUGGUUUGUUCGAUAGCUUUGCAAGGUUGGAUUCCCGUAUUUCAAGUGUUGGACAGACUGCUGCAAAAAUUGGAGAUCAUCUGCAGAGUGCAGAUGCCCAGCGAGAAACUGCUAGUCAAACGAUAGAGCUCAUAAAGUACUUGAUGGAGUUCAAUAGCAGCCCAGGCGACCUGAUGGAACUUUCACCUCUAUUUUCUGAUGAUAGUCGUGUUGCCGAGGCUGCUUCAAUCGCACAGAAAUUGCGGUCAUUUGCUGAGGAGGAUAUUGGAAGACAAGGUAUAGCUGUACCAUCUGUUGUGGAAAAUGCAACUGCAAGCAGAGGCUUAGAAGUUGCUGUUGCUAACCUUCAGGAUUACUGUAAUGAACUGGAGAACAGAUUGCUGUCUCGAUUUGAUGCAGCAUCACAGAGAAGAGAACUGUCUACCAUGUCAGAAUGUGCUAAGAUUUUAUCUCAGUUUAACAGGGGCACCAGUGCAAUGCAGCAUUAUGUGGCAACGCGUCCGAUGUUUAUUGAUGUGGAGGUCAUGAAUUCAGAUACCAGAUUGGUUCUUGGUGACCAGGGUUCACAAAUUAGUCCUAGCAAUGUUGCCCGUGGACUUUCUUCUUUGUACAAAGAAAUCACAGAUACUGUGCGAAAAGAAGCAGCCACAAUAAUGGCUGUAUUCCCCUCUCCUAAUGAUGUCAUGGCAAUUUUGGUUCAGCGAGUUCUGGAGCAGCGGGUUACAGCACUUCUGGAUAAGUUAUUAGUGAAACCCUCUCUUGUAAAUUUGCCUCCUAUGGAAGAAGGCGGACUUCUAUUAUAUCUUAGAAUGCUAGCGGUGGCAUACGAGAAGACUCAAGAACUUGCUAGAGAUCUACGAGCAGUAGGAUGUGGUGACUUGGAUGUUGAGGGUCUUACAGAGUCUCUGUUUCUUGCUCACAAAGAUGAGUAUCCUGAACAUGAGCAGGCUUCUCUUAGACAACUCUAUCAAGCAAAGAUGGAAGAAAUGCGUGCUGAAAGCCAGCAGCUAUCUGAAUCAUCCGGGACAAUCGGGCGCUCGAGAGGAGCUUCUGUAGCAUCUUCCCACCAACAGAUAUCUGUUACCGUGGUUACAGAGUUUGUCCGUUGGAAUGAAGAAGCAAUUUCUAGGUGCACUCUGUUUUCAUCUCAGCCUACUACCCUUGCAACCAAUGUAAAAGCUGUGUUUACUUGCCUGCUAGACCAAGUCAGUCAGUAUAUAACAGAAGGGCUGGAACGGGCUAGAGACAGCCUAAAUGAAGCUGCAGUUUUGAGGGAAAGGUUUAUGCUGGGCACAAGUGUUAGUAGAAGGGUGGCUGCUGCAGCUGCUUCUGCCGCAGAAGCUGCUGCUGCUGCUGGUGAAAGCAGUUUCAGAUCUUUCAUGGUGGCUGUACAGCGUUGUGCUAGCAGUGUGGCUAUUGUUCAGCAAUACUUUGCAAACUCUAUAUCUCGGCUUUUACUGCCUGUGGAUGGUGCCCAUGCUUCUUCCUGUGAAGAAAUGGCUACAGCUAUGUCCAGUGCAGAAACUGCUGCUUAUAAAGGGCUUCAAAAAUGCAUUGAAACUGUGAUGGCAGAGGUGGAGCGGUUACUAUCAGCUGAACAGAAGGCAACAGAUUAUCGAUUGCCUGAUGAUGGAAUUGCUCCUGAUCAUCGGCCAACAAAUGCCUGCACUAGAGUUGUGGCAUAUCUUUCUCGUGUGCUUGAGGCUGCAUUCACUGCCCUAGAAGGUCUUAAUAAGCAAGCUUUCCUGACUGAAUUGGGAAACCACUUGCAUAAAGGGCUGCUUAAUCAUUGGCAGAAGUUCACUUUCAACCCUAGUGGUGGACUGCGAUUGAAGCGUGAUAUAACAGAGUAUGGUGAAUUUGUGCGCAGUUUUAAUGCUCCUACCGUGGAUGAGAAAUUUGAAUUGUUGGGCAUUAUGGCGAAUGUCUUUAUUGUUGCUCCUGAAAGUCUCUCCAGUUUGUUUGAGGGUACCCCCAGCAUCCGGAAAGAUGCACAAAGGUUUAUUCAGCUUAGAGAGGACUACAAGACUGCAAAACUUGCAUCCAGACUCAGCUCCCUGUGGCCCUCGAGUUAAGCAUGCUGAAAUAAGCAUAAAUCUCUCACAUCUCUUUGAUCAUUUUUACAUCCUGCCGUGACAAACUCGAGGCAGCCUGACCUCUCAAGUUGGACGCCCUUUCCGGCACCGAGAUCAAAUUGGCAACUGUACCGAGAUAUUAAGUUAAUCGCAGGGCUAAGGAGCUUAUCUUUAGACACGUAUUUGGGUACAGUUGCUUCCUCACUAGAAUUAUUUGCUCUCAUUUUCUUCUCUUUUCCGAGUGUAGAUUGUUGAAAGUAUGGACCGAAUCGUAUUUUGUAAGGCUUUAACUUAUACGCUAGGCUCCCAUUUUUCCAAGAUUUCAUGCCCUGGCAUGGCAUGGCCCCUUGUAAUGAUCCUUUCCGCCAUGGAUGAUGACAUUUAAUGGUGUUUUUUCAAUUUACAAGUUUUGGUGUGAUUUCUCAACUUUUAA